UUUUUACUCAUUCACAGAUCACCAUUCAAAAGAAAUGCUUCUGCAUCUCCAGCCAGGACCCUCACUGCACACAGCAGGAGCAUCGCCCUCGUCAGCCCCAGCCUCCACCUCCGCCUCCACUACAGCAACAGCGACACCGAACCAGGGACUACGAGGCAGUAGGGGAGUGCCUCCUCCACAGGCGACUGAACUAUCCGCUGCACGUGGACUGUCGAGUGCGUCUCCAUCCCCCUCGCCACUACCGUUGAUCCAAGAGCAGGAACGCCUCCAGGACACCCAACAGCCCCUGCCGAUCCCCGUCCCCCGCAAACCAAGGAACAGAACCUCGCCCUCCACCUCCCCUGUAAAGAAACCCAUCCGCUAUUCCUAUUCAUUCAUGGCCGAUACCAACUCUCUCGACACCACCGUCUUUGACGCCAUCCUCCUCGGCACCGGGUUCACGCAGACCAUCGUUGCCGCUGCCCUCGCUCGUGCUGGUAAGACUGUCCUGCACCUCGACGAAAACGACUACUAUGGUGGCGAAUCUGGCGCAUUCGGAUUCCGUGACCUCCUGACCUGGGCAGACAAGGUCGCAUCCACCUCCUCUGGCAACUCUUCCAACGAAGGGGACAAGGACAGGAUCGAUUUCGACAAGUUGGUCGCCAGGGCCUAUAAUCAUGUCGAGGUUCAGCUCUACAAGGAGAGCCAAAAGUCCAACGACGCCACCGUUGAUCUUGCCUCCGUGCUUGCAUCCCACAAGGACGCAUCAGUAGAGGAUCGAAUCACGGCUGUUGAGGAGCACAUCACUGCUUCAUAUCCCGUCAAAGCCCUCACCAAGGAAGCUAAGGAGGCCAUCCACACAUUGGCCACAUGGGCGUCGGCCCCGGAAUCGUCAGCGACUGCAGCUAAUUUCAAGGCUGUGUCUGUGUCUCAGAUCCAUUCACUGGAGGAGUUCAUCAAAGCAACGCGCAAAUAUAACUUUGAUCUCUCGCCAAAGUUGCUUUACUCGCGUGGCCCGCUGACCAACCUGCUGAUCUCGUCGGGGAUUGGAAAGUACCUGGAGUUUAAGCUGUUGGAACGUACGGCCGUCUAUGAAGCACUCACGGAUAAAGUCGAGAUGAUGCCAACAUCCAAGGAGGAUGUCUUUGUCUCGAAGGCACUUUCGUUGAAGGAGAAGCGUCUGUUGAUGAAGUUUUUGCAAUUCGCAGUCGAUUACGAGAACCAGAAGGAGGUCUGGCGAGACUACAAGAACGCGCCGUUCACGCAGUUUGUACAAAGUGCAUAUGGUUUGACAGACAAGGUCCUCACUGCAGUUGUUUAUGCUAUUGGCUUUGAUGGAAACGACAAUGCUACCACCGCGGAGGGCCUCAAAUCUGUCAAGGUGUAUCUCCAAUCCUUGGGCCGCUACGGCAACUCGGCUUACCUGUGCCCUCUCUAUGGCGUGGGAAGUGAACUUGCACAAGCGUUCUGCAGAGUGUCCGCGGUGUACGGCGGUAUCUACAUGCUUCAGCAUAAGCUGGAAAAGCACAACGUGGACAAGAAUGCCAACCAAUGGAAGUCUGUCGUCGACCACACAGGCCAGACCCUGCAGGCCAACCAAUUGAUCUGCACCCGCGAGUAUCUUUCCACAGACAUGGAUGCCUAUAUCGAGGCGAGAACAUUGAACAGGUCAUAUGUGUCACACUGCAUACUGGUCACCGACCGCUCUGCGUUUGGCGAGACUACACUGUGUAAAACUCUGUUCCCUAAGGAAUCAUUGGUCCUUAACCCAGGAGAGACCUCUGUCCGCAAGAACGAGCACACCAUCUCGGUCUUGCAGGUCUGUGGUGGCACCAUGUCCUGCCCCAAUGAUCGAUUCAUUUUGUACUUCUGGGCAGAAUCUGAUUCAUCAGACAAUACUGCUAAGGAGGAGUUAACAGCCGCUAUUCGAAAGCUGGUUCAUAUUCCUGGCGAUGAUUUGUCCCUUAAGGCACCUGCCUUUGAAGGCUCAGACGCUGUUGCAGCAGAUACCUCGGCGCCGCAUAAUCUUGGGGAGGCCCCACCACAAGGGGAGGAUCAGCCUAGGAUGAGUCUGGAUCAGGAGCUGGACAUGGAGCAGGUGCGUGAGGAGAUUCUCAAGGCGGAGAAGAAGCUGUUUGAGGAGAGCGAGACGAAUACCCCUGUACCAUCUCGCCCGACCACGCCAGCAGCCGGAUCAAAGCCGCUCUCGAAGGCGUUCCAAAAGUCGAAACCAUCGGCGUCGGUCUCAACCAUGUCUGCGAUGGCACCACGGGCACUGUUUUCGUUGUUCUAUAAGCGCACGACUUCAUGGCCGCGCGUGCCUUACCCCAUUGGCUCUGAGAAGCUGACACCAUUGCCAGAGAACUUGACGGUAUUGAAGCCGAUGAACCACAGCUUGGACUUUGAAGCGGCGACAGAGGAGGCGAGGGCGGUCUUUGAGACACUGUGCCCAGGUGCCGAGUUUUUGCCACCAACGCCUGAUCCAGAAGAUGGUGUCUCUGGAUACUAAGAUGUAAGAUAAGGCGCGUAGAAUAGCUACUCGGGCUAAUUGUAUUGUGGAUGUUGUUGUAUUAGAAAAAAAUAAAACAGUCGAUGAGACC